GCUGCGCCCGGCACAAAGUCUUGACUCUGGCGUGAUUGUGGCACUUGCAUACCACGACAGCGGCGGCGGUAGCAGCUCCUCUGGGAACAUCGAACAUCUCUCCUGUCAGAUGAACGUUGCGAUGGCGUCAACGUUCUCGGCCAUCAUCUUGCUCUCGUGUGCUGUCCUAGUAAGCCGCAUAGCUGCGAGAAGCCCAUCAAGCUGCGGGGGUCUGUUCGUGCCACCCGAGAAGCUCGUCGACCUGUCGCACAGCUUCAACAACAGGACAAUCUUCUGGUCUGAUGACGCCGAAUUUCGCCUCAAUAUCUCGCGUGAGGGAAGUACCCCUGAAGACUGGUACCAGGCAGACGUCAUCGAGGUGGCCACCCAUGGCGGCACGCAUCUGGACUCGCCAAUUCACUUUGCCCCCGACAAGUGGACUGUGAGCCAGAUACCACUCGAACGGCUCAUGUUCGUCCCUAUCGCACUCGUGGAUGUUGAGGCACAGGCGAGCGAGAACCCCGUGUACGAGUUGUCCGUCGAAGACAUCGAGCGCUGGGAGGCAGAGCAUGGUCACGUUCCUCAUGGUGCUCUUCUUAUCGAGAGGACUGGACGCUCUAAGCUGUGGCCGAACCGCAACGCUUACUUGGGGAUCGACGACAAUGGAUGGCGGCGUUUCCCGACUGUGUCACCAGAGGCUGCGCGGUUCCUGGUUGAGCAGCGUCACGUAUAUGGCGUCGGAUUAGACUCGCCUUCCGUGGACCUGUUCAACUCUUCGACGACGCACAGGAUUCUUGCUACCCAUAACGUGUACAUACUCGAAAACUUGGCCGAUCUGUCGCGUCUCCCCGCCCUCGGCGCCACAGCCAUCGUGCUGCCCAUCAAAGUAUGCAAGGCCAGUGGUGCUCCGGUGCGCGUGGUGGCCAUUCUGUCGUGAACCAUUCACCACGUGGGUCUUCCGUGAUGCGGCUUUCAGAUUAAAGAGAUUCAAAGGGAAAACUCAGUGU